AUGAGUCUUCAAAGACUUGAAGCUAGGGAGUACAUCGACCUUUAUGGAGAUAAUGAUCUUUGGAUAGGAAAGACAGUUUAUUGGAUGCAUAAUGUCAAUAACCCAAAAUAUUUGGAACUUGCUAAGUUAGAGUAUAACAGGCUACAAGCUAUCCACAAAAGAGAGAUUAAUUAUGUUCUAAAAUGGUGGAACAACUGUGGACUUGAUGAUCCUUUUGUCACUCGAAUAUGCCCACAAGAGAUUUACUUCUCAAUCACAGCAACUCUAUAUGAGCCGGAACUUGAAGAUUGUCGGAUAACAUACACGAAAUCCAACUGCAUUGAGGACAUUGUUAGAGAUAUGUUUCAAAAUCAUGGAUCCAUUCAGGACCUAAAACUAUUUUGUCAAGCAAUUGAACAAUGGAAUCCUUCACUUAUUCACUCCCUCCCGCAAAGAAUUCAAGUAAUUUUCAUGGCAAUGUACAAUAUAUUGAAUGAAUUGGCAACUGAAGCAAGUAACGCCCAAGGAAAGGAUGUAUUCCCCUACUUUCAUGACCUAAUAUCUAAUUCACUCAGAGGAAUACAGAGAUCGAAACAAGUACAAGAUUACAUGAAGAGUAGAUUGAUAAUAGAAACGAAGCAAAUAUCCUCAUGGACAGAAUAUUUCGAGAAUGGUAAAAAAGAUUGUGGUGUUGCCAUCAGAACAGUGCCGACAAUGUUCUUCAUGGGUGAGAAUAUGGUGGAUAAUAUUCUACGAUGCUUGGACAGCCAUUCUAAAGAGAAUGACAGAAGAGGCCUUCCAUUAGUUAGUGUACCAGUUUACUGCUGCAAUGUUUUUCUUAUUUCAUCAUUGUUGUAUAUUACUAGCAGUGAACAUAUGUUCUACAAGCAGGCAAAGAAAACCAACCGGUGCUGUACUAUCCUAACUGCACGAAGAUUACUGCAAACCCAGUUUUAA